AUGGCUAAGAAACUUGUCGUCGUUACCGGUGCGACUGGCAACCAGGGCGGUUCUAUCGCCCGCGGAUUGCUUAAGACAGGAGAUUGGCAUGUCCGCGCUGUGACCAGGAAUCCCAAUGGAGAAAAGGCGCAAAAACUUGCUGCAGAGGGUAUGGAAGUAGUCCAAGCCAGCUACGAAGACGAGGAGUCAGUCAGGAAGGCAUUUGCCGGUGCUCAAGCCAUCUUUGCGGUAACACAAUGGUGGGAAGCUUUCUUCAAAGGCGCCGGCCAGAUAGGAGCUGGUGAAGUUGAAGAGCGCCAGGGCAUCAUGCUUGCGAAGCUGGCGGCUGAAGUGCCAACGCUGGAGCAUUACAUCUGGAGCACACUUCCUGCUGCAGAUAUAAUCACCAAAGGCAAAUACCCCGUCCCUCAUUUCGACUACAAGGCGAAGGUCGACGAUCAUAUCCGGAAAAACAUGCCAGACUUGGCUGCUAAGACGACCUUUCUCAUGUUCGGUUUCUAUCCAUCCAACUUUGCCUUUUUUGGCAUGUUGAAGCCACAACCAGUAGCCACUGCGCCAGGGACAUAUGUUUGGAUGGUUCCGUCGGAUCCGGCGACCGUUUACCCCAUGGCCGGCGAUAUGGCCAAGGACCCUGGUAUCUGGGCGCGCCAAAUUCUCGCUAACCCUAAGUUAACGCAUGGGAAAUACGCCGGGGUGUGCACUGAGGUGAUCACUCUGGGAGAGGCGUUGAAACAGUGGGAAGUUGUCUCAGGCAAGAAAGGUGUAUAUGUCGAAGUGAAGCCAGAGGUAAUCGGCCAACUAUUUGGCCUAGCAGGAGAAGAGGCUGUUACUGGAGUGCUGUUUGGCGAGGCAGUGACGGACUGGUUUGGCCACGUCAAGGAACAAGGCCUUUUCGUCACAAAGGAGGAGCUAGGUAUCUCCAUGCAUGAGGUGUCCAACUUCAAACAAAGUCUUGAGGCGGUAAAACAAUUCUUGGGCUGA